CCGGGCCAGCCGUCGGGAGCAGACGGAGUCUCUCCUCGGGGUCGGAACAGGAGGCACGCGGAGUGAGGCCACGCAUGAGCCGACGCUAACCCCCCACCCCUGCCGCAAAGAGUCUACAUGUCUAGGGUCUAGACAUGUUCAGCUUUGUGGACCUCCGGCUCCUGCUCCUCUUAGCGGCCACCGCCCUCCUGACGCACGGCCAAGAGGAAGUCGCGGACCAAGGGAGAGACAUCCCAGGCAUCGAGUGCGUCCACGAUGGCCGCAGGAUCGCCAGUGGAGACACGUGGAAACCCGACCCCUGCCAGCUCUGCAUCUGCGCCAACGGCACGGCACUGUGCGACGAGAUAACCUGCGAUGACGCUGUCAACUGUCCCGGGGCCAAAAUCCCCGCUGGCGAGUGCUGUCCCAGAUGCCCUGACGGCCCAGAAUCAGCUCAGGAAGCAGAAGACACCAGAGUCGAGGGACCCAAGGGAGACACCGGCCCCCGAGGACCUAGGGGACCCCCCGGCCCCCCUGGACGAGAUGGCAUCCCUGGACAGCCUGGACUUCCUGGGCCCCCCGGCCCCGCUGGACCUCCCGGCCCCCCUGGCCUUGGCGGAAACUUCGCUCCCCAGAUGUCCUAUGGCUAUGAUGAGAAAUCGGUUGGAGCUGCCGUGCCAGGCCCCAUGGGUCCCUCGGGUCCUCGUGGUCUCCCUGGCCCCCCUGGUGCACCUGGUCCCCAAGGUUUCCAAGGCCCCCCUGGUGAGCCCGGCGAGCCCGGAGCUUCAGGUCCCAUGGGUCCCCGUGGUCCUCCUGGCCCUCCUGGCAAGAAUGGCGAUGACGGAGAAGCUGGCAAGCCUGGUCGUCCUGGUGAGCGUGGACCUCCUGGGCCUCAGGGUGCUCGCGGACUGCCCGGAACAGCUGGCCUUCCUGGAAUGAAGGGACACAGAGGUUUCAGUGGUCUGGAUGGUGCCAAGGGAGACGCUGGUCCUGCUGGUCCCAAGGGUGAGCCCGGCAGCCCUGGUGAGAACGGAGCUCCUGGCCAGAUGGGCCCCCGUGGUCUGCCUGGUGAGAGAGGUCGCCCUGGACCCCCUGGCUCAGCUGGUGCUCGCGGAAAUGAUGGUGCUACUGGUGCUGCCGGGCCCCCUGGUCCCACUGGCCCCGCUGGUCCUCCUGGCUUCCCCGGUGCUGUUGGCGCUAAGGGUGAAUCUGGUCCCCAAGGAGCCCGAGGCUCUGAAGGUCCCCAGGGUGCGCGUGGUGAGCCUGGUCCUCCUGGGCCUGCUGGUGCUGCUGGUCCUGCUGGAAACCCUGGUGCUGACGGACAGCCUGGUGCUAAAGGUGCCAAUGGUGCUCCUGGUAUUGCUGGCGCUCCUGGCUUCCCUGGUGCCCGAGGCCCCUCUGGACCCCAGGGCCCCAGCGGCCAACCAGGUCCCAAGGGCAACAGCGGUGAACCUGGCGCUCCCGGCAACAAAGGAGACACUGGUGCCAAAGGAGAGCCUGGCCCCGCUGGUGUUCAAGGUCCCCCUGGCCCUGCUGGGGAAGAAGGAAAGCGUGGAGCCCGAGGUGAACCCGGACCUACUGGCCUGCCCGGACCCCCUGGCGAGCGCGGUGGCCCUGGCAGCCGUGGCUUCCCUGGUGCAGAUGGUGUGGCUGGUCCCAAGGGUCCUGCUGGUGAACGUGGUUCUCCUGGCCCUGCCGGCCCCAAAGGUUCCCCUGGUGAAGCUGGACGCCCUGGUGAAGCUGGCCUGCCUGGUGCCAAGGGUCUGACUGGAAGCCCUGGCAGCCCCGGUCCCGAUGGCAAAACUGGCCCCCCUGGUCCCGCUGGUCAAGAUGGUCGCCCCGGACCCCCAGGCCCUCCUGGUGCCCGUGGUCAGGCCGGUGUGAUGGGAUUCCCUGGACCUAAAGGCGCCGCUGGAGAGCCCGGCAAGGCUGGAGAACGAGGCGUGCCUGGACCCCCUGGUGCUGUCGGUCUCGCUGGCAAAGAUGGAGAAGCUGGAGCUCAGGGACCCCCCGGCCCUGCUGGUCCCUCUGGAGAGAGAGGCGAACAGGGCCCUGCCGGCUCCCCCGGGUUCCAGGGUCUCCCUGGCCCCUCUGGUCCUCCCGGUGAAGCAGGCAAACCUGGCGAACAGGGUGUUCCCGGAGACCUCGGUGCCCCCGGCCCCUCUGGAGCAAGAGGCGAGAGAGGUUUCCCCGGCGAGCGUGGUGUGCAAGGUCCCCCCGGUCCUGCUGGUCCCCGCGGAUCCAAUGGUGCUCCUGGCAACGAUGGUGCCAAGGGUGAUGCUGGUGCCCCCGGAGCUCCUGGUAGCCAGGGUGCCCCUGGUCUUCAGGGAAUGCCUGGUGAACGUGGUGCAGCUGGUCUUCCAGGUCCCAAGGGUGACCGAGGUGAUGCUGGUCCCAAAGGUGCUGAUGGUACCCCUGGCAAAGAUGGUCCCCGUGGUCUGACUGGCCCCAUUGGUCCUCCCGGGCCUGCUGGUGCCCCUGGUGACAAGGGUGAAAGUGGUCCCAGUGGCCCUGCUGGUCCCACCGGAGCCCGUGGUGCCCCCGGAGACCGUGGUGAGCCUGGUCCCCCCGGCCCUGCCGGCUUCGCUGGCCCCCCUGGUGCUGAUGGCCAACCUGGUGCUAAAGGCGAACCUGGUGAUGCUGGUGCUAAAGGCGAUGCUGGUCCUCCUGGCCCUGCUGGCCCCGCUGGUCCCCCCGGCCCCAUUGGUAACGUUGGUGCUCCUGGACCCAAAGGUGCUCGUGGCAGCGCUGGUCCCCCUGGUGCUACUGGUUUCCCUGGUGCUGCUGGCCGAGUCGGUCCCCCCGGCCCCUCUGGAAAUGCUGGCCCCCCUGGCCCUCCUGGACCCGCUGGCAAAGAAGGUGCCAAAGGUAUCCGCGGUGAGACUGGCCCAGCUGGACGUCCCGGUGAAGUUGGUCCCCCUGGCCCCCCUGGCCCCGCUGGCGAGAAAGGCUCCCCCGGUGCUGAUGGACCUGCUGGCGCCCCCGGUACCCCCGGACCUCAGGGUAUUGCUGGACAGCGUGGUGUGGUCGGCCUGCCCGGACAGAGAGGAGAAAGAGGCUUCCCCGGCCUUCCCGGCCCCUCCGGUGAGCCCGGCAAACAAGGUCCUUCUGGAGCAAGUGGUGAACGUGGUCCCCCUGGCCCCAUGGGCCCCCCUGGUCUGGCUGGACCACCUGGUGAAUCUGGACGUGAGGGUUCCCCUGGCGCUGAAGGCUCCCCUGGACGAGACGGCUCUCCUGGCCCUAAGGGUGACCGCGGUGAGACCGGCCCCGCUGGACCCCCUGGUGCUCCUGGUGCCCCUGGUGCUCCCGGCCCCGUUGGCCCUGCUGGCAAGAAUGGCGAUCGUGGUGAGACCGGUCCUGCCGGUCCUGCUGGUCCCAUCGGCCCUGCUGGUGCCCGCGGCCCCGCUGGACCCCAAGGUCCCCGUGGUGACAAGGGUGAGACAGGCGAACAGGGUGACAGAGGCAUCAAGGGUCACCGCGGCUUCUCUGGUCUCCAGGGUCCCCCUGGUCCUGCUGGCUCUCCUGGUGAACAAGGUCCUUCUGGAGCUUCUGGUCCUGCUGGUCCCCGUGGUCCCCCUGGGUCUGCUGGUUCUCCCGGCAAGGAUGGACUCAACGGUCUCCCCGGCCCCAUCGGUCCCCCUGGUCCUCGUGGUCGCACUGGUGACGCUGGUCCUGUUGGUCCCCCCGGCCCUCCUGGACCCCCAGGUCCUCCUGGUCCUCCCAGCGGUGGUUACGACUUAAGCUUCCUGCCUCAGCCACCUCAAGAGAAGUCUGGCGAUGGGCGCUACUACCGGGCCGAUGAUGCCAAUGUGGUCCGUGACCGUGACCUCGAGGUGGACACCACCCUCAAGAGCCUGAGCCAGCAGAUCGAGAACAUCCGCAGCCCUGAAGGCAGCCGCAAGAACCCUGCCCGCACCUGCCGCGACCUCAAGAUGUGCCACCCUGACUGGAAGAGCGGAGAGUACUGGAUCGACCCCAACCAAGGCUGCAACCUGGAUGCCAUCAAGGUCUUCUGCAACAUGGAGACAGGAGAGACGUGCGUGUACCCGCUGCAGCCCACCGUGGCUCAGAAGGCCUGGUACAUCAGCAAGAACCCCAAGGAGAAGAAGCACGUCUGGUUCGGCGAGAGCAUGGAUGGUGGAUUCCAGUUCGAGUAUGGCAGCACAGACUCCGACCCUGCUGACGUGGCCAUCCAGCUGACCUUCCUGCGCCUGAUGUCCACCGAGGCCUCCCAGAACAUCACCUACCACUGCAAGAACAGCGUGGCCUACCUGGACCAGCAGACCGGAAACCUCAAGAAGUCUCUGCUCCUCCAGGGCUCCAACGACAUCGAGCUCCGGGGCGAGGGCAACAGCCGCUUCACCUACGUCGCCCUGGAGGACGGCUGCACGAGUCACACAGGAGCCUGGGCCAAGACAGUCCUCGAAUACAGAACCACCAAGACCUCCCGGCUGCCUAUCAUCGAUGUGGCCCCCUUGGACAUUGGCGCCCCAGACCAGGAAUUCGGCUUUGAACUUAGCCCUGUCUGCUUCGUGUAAACUCCCUCCAACCCACCCUGGUCCACUCCCACCCAUCCCACUGCCUUUCCCGGAAACAGAAAAACAACCCAAAUUGAAUCCCCAAAAAGCCAAAAAAAAAAAAAAAAAAAAUGGGAGACAAUUUCACAUGGACUUUGGAAAAUAUUUUUUUCCUUUACAUUCAUCUCUCAAACUUAGUUUUUAUCUUUGACCAACUGAACAUGACCAAAAACCAAAAAUGCAUUGAACCUUACGGGAAAAAAAAGAAUAAAUAAAUAAGUUUUUAAAAAAGGAAGCUUGGUCCACUUGCUUGAAGACCCAUGUGGGGGUAAGUCCUUUUCUGCCCGUUGGGCUUAUGAUACCCCAAUGCUGCCCUUUCUGCUCCUUUCUCCACCCUUUCUUGGGGCCUCUCUUCCACUGCUCCCCAAAUCCAAGUCGCCCCAAAAGGCAUAAGAAACAAUGCAUUGUCUGCCCAGCAACCAGAGGCAAUGCUGAAACAUUCCAGUGGCCUCCAAGCCCCAGCCCACGCCCGCUACCCAGUUCCCCCCAGUCCUGGGGGGACCUGGUGGUCCCAGACUGCCAAAGGAGCCUGCCCAUCUGGCCUCCUCACGGCCUCUGCAAUACACCCCGCUUUGUUUUCAAAAGGGCCCCUCCUGGGGAGAGUCAAGCAGGGCCAUGGCACUGCGGAGCAGAGACGCGGACUUGGGGAAGCACUGGGUCCCCCGGCGCACAGGGCUGGGUGGGAGAGAUCGUUCUGUUCCUUGUGUAAUUGUGUUGCUGAAAGACUACCUCGUUCUUGUCUUUGUGUGUCACCGGCGACUGUGUGGGGGCGGGGAGGGGGCAGGGUGGCAGCGACCACCCCAUUUGAUAUCAAAGGUGCUACAUCCUUGUGAUGGGGUGGGGUGGGGAAGGGAUUUCUGGUGCUAAAGAAGUUGGGAUGCCCCCCUAGGCCGACAAAUGUUCCUUUUUUGUUCAAAGUCUUUUGUUCUUCGGCUCCUUCUGUCCUCCUUUCAUGCUUCCUUGCAGAUGGGGACUCGUGAAUUUUUUCUAACGGUGCUAUUUAACGUGGAGGAGAGGGGGCCGGGCCCAGCCUGCCCUCUCUCCACCUCUCCCCACCCUGCCUCUGCCUCCUCCUCGGAGGCCCUCUGUCCUGCAGCCGCCCCAUCCUGUGCUCACCCCUCUCUCCUCUGCUGCCCUGCACCUGGGUUUCAGAGCACAACUUCCCAAAGCACAAAGCAGUUUUUGCCCCAGGGUGGGAGGAACCAAGAGACUCUGUACCUAUUUUGUAUGUGUAUAAUAAUUUGAGAUGUUUUUAAUUAUUUUGAUUGCUGGAAUAAAGCAUGUGGAAAUGACCCAGA